GUAUAAUUUAUCUCCUGAUGCUGUUUUGGAGAAUGUUGCUGUUGCCAGAGCUUAUAACACAGAUCAUCAAAUGCAGUUAUUGGUACAAGCUGCUGCAAUGAUGAUCGAGUCUCGGUAUGCAUUAAUGAUUGUCGAUAGUGCAACAGCUUUGUAUCGUACAGAUUUCUCUGGAAGAGGAGAGUUAUCUGCAAGGCAAAUGCACUUAGCAAAGUUUUUAAGGAUGCUUCUUAGACUUUCAGAUGAGUUUGGAGUAGCUGUUGUGAUAACAAACCAGGUAGUAGCUCAAGUUGAUGGAGCAGCUAUGUUUACAGCAGAUCCAAAAAAGCCCAUUGGUGGCAACAUCAUUGCACAUGCCUCGACAACUAGGCUGUACUUAAGGAAAGGCAGAGGAGAAACAAGGAUCUGCAAAAUUUAUGACUCACCAUGUUUGCCUGAAGCUGAAGCUAUGUUUGCUAUUAAUGCUGAUGGAAUCGGAGAUGCUAAAGAAUAA